AUGCCCACAGUCGGUCGUACAUGUGUACCCUCAGUGGUGGAGACAUUGGAUCCUUCAGUGGAAGGAGACGAUGAGCGCGGACCCGUGCUUGAGAGCGUUGUGGCACAUACAAUACGGAGGAUGGAGCAAACGGGGGGGUACGUCCGCCUGGUUGGUCUCUCAGCUACACUUCCAAACUACCAAGAUGUUGCGACAUUCCUCCACGUGGACGAAUCGAAAGGCCUAUUCCAUUUUUAUGCCUUGUACCGUCCAUGUGCGCUUCAGCAACAAUUCAUUGGUGUCACAGAGAAGAAGGCUAUCAAGCGUUUCCAGGUCAUGAAUGAGGUUUGCUACGAGAAGGUACUUGACCAAGCAGGCAAAAAUCAGACCCUUGUAUUCGUGCACUCUCGCAAGGAGACCGCCAAGACCGCCAAGUUCAUCCAUGACAUGGCCAUGGAGAAAGAGACGAUAACGCAGUUCGUUCGUCCUGACUCAGCGACGCGUGAGAUCCUCACGGAGGAAGCAGGCAAUGUCAAAGAUAGCAAUCUGCGCGACCUCUUACCGUUUGGGUUCGCUAUUCACCACGCCGGUAUGACUAGAGAAGACAGGAAUCUUGUUGAGGAGCUUUUUGCAGAUGGUGCAGUCCAGGUUCUUGUCUGCACGGCAACACUUGUAUGGGGUGUGAACCUCCCGGCACACACCGUCAUCAUCAAGGGCAUGCAGAUAUAUAACCCGGAGAAGGGCCGCUGGGUUGAGCUCUCUUCCCAGGAUGUGUUGCAGAUGCUUGGUCGUGCUGGUCGUCCGCAAUAUGAUAUGUAUGGCGAGGGCAUCAUCAUCACGAACCACGCUGAGCUGCAGUACUACCUCAGCUUGCUGAACCAGCAACUGCCGAUCAAGUCUCAGUUCGUGUCGAAGCUGGAGGAUAACUUGACUGUAGAGAUUGUUCUUGGAACAGUUCGCAACCGUGAUGAGGCCACCCAGCAGUUGGGGUACACUUAUUUUUAUGUCCGCAUGCUGAAGUCCCCAGGACUGUAUUAUGAUGUUGGCGUGGAUUAUCAGGAGGACGACAAUGGUCUUAUCCAGAAGCGUGCUGAUAUUGCCUAUUCUGACGCCAUUCUGCUGGAGAAAUGUCAUCUCAUCAAGUACGAACGUGCAUCUGGUCAUUUCCAGAGCACCGACUCGGAGCUUGGUCGUAUUGCGUCUCACUACUAUGUUACAUACAAUUUGAUGGCUACGUACAACCAGCAUCUUAGGCCAACCAUGUCAACACUGGAACUCUUCCGGGUGUUUGCGCUCUCGAAUGAGUUCAAACUUCUGCCGGUGUGUCAAGAGGAGAAUCUUGAGCUUGGUAAGUUGUUAGAACGUGUACCUAUUCCUGUGAAGGAAGGCAUUGAUGAACCUGCAGCAAAGAUCAAUGUCCUUCUGCAAGCAUAUAUAUCGCAACUUAAACUUGAUGUAUGUGUUGUUUCAAGUCAGUUUACCCAAGCUCACACAUGUUACAGUAUUCUUCGUGCUAUGUUUGAGAUCUGCCUGAAGCGAGGGUGGGCAGUGCCAGCGCGUGUAUGUCUUGACCUAUGUAAGAUGGUCGAACGACAAAUGUGGGGCUCCAUGACACCGCUUCGCCAAUUCAAGGGUGUUCCACAGGAGGUCAUCCGAAAAGCAGAGGUCAAACAAUUUCCAUGGUAUCGUUACUUUGAUCUCGACCCUCCUGAAAUUGGUGAGCUUAUCAGCAUUCCAAACGCCGGAAGGCUCGUGCAUCAAUUGGUGCACAGCUUCCCCAAGCUGCAGCUGCAAGCGCAAGUGCAACCUAUCACCCGCUCCCUUCUUCAUAUCGACUUGUCUAUUGCUCCUGACUUCCGAUGGGAUGAGAAGACCCACGGAACAGCUGAAAUGUUCCUCAUCAUGGUUGAAGACGUCGAUAGAGAAAUUGUUCUUUUUAACGACUCAUUCGUCUUGCGCCAGCGCUAUGCAGAGGAUGAACAUAAUGUCACCACCACAGUUCUGAUGUUUGAGCCCGUUCCCCUGAACUACUACAUAUCUGUUGUAUCCGACCAAUGGUUACAUGCCGAGACCAGACUACCCAUCUCCUUCAAACACUUGAUUCUCCCAGAAAAGUUCCCACCUCCCACUCCUCUUCUCGAACUCCAGCCACUCCCGCUGUCUGCCCUACACAACAAGGACUUCGAGAGCAUCUACUCAUCCACUAUUCAAACAUUCAACAAGAUCCAGACACAGGUUUUCCAGGCUCUCUACACAUCUGAUGAGAAUGUCUUUAUUGGCGCGCCUACUGGAAGCGGCAAGACUAUCUGUGCUGAAUUUGCUCUGCUCCGCCUUUGGAGCAAACACGAGCAACCCAGGGCGGUCUGUAUUCAGCCCUACCAGGAGAGGUCGACCAACGUGUUGCAGAGUGGCUGGGAUAUCCUGUCUCGAAGAUGGCGACAGCGCAAGAAUGUGCAGAACUUCGGCCUAUUGAUUGCUGAUGAAAUCCAGCUUGUAGGUGGAGAAGUCGGUCCGACAUACGAAGUGGUGAUAUCUAGGACCCGCUACGUCGCUGCGCAGACGGAGGUUAAGACUCGUAUCAUUGGCUGUGGUGUCUCGCUCGCUAAUGCUAGAGAUCUCGGUGAAUGGAUGGGUGCACCAUCGCAUGCAAUUUUCAACUUCUCGCCUAGCUCGAGGCCGCUGGAUAUGGAUAUACAUCUCCAAAGCUUUACUAUCCCUUGUUUCCCUUCACUGAUGAUUGCCAUGUCUAAGCCUGCCUAUCUCUCUAUCGUUGAGCAUUCACCCACCAAACCUGUCAUCAUAUUUGUUCCAUCAGGACGCCAGUGCCGGCUGACGGUUGAUGACUUGUUGAUCCAUUGCGGAGCAGAUAGCGACCCCGAUCGCUUUUUGAAUAUUGAAGAAGCUGACUUGCAGCCUCACCUCGACCACAUCAGCGACAAAGGUCUUGUCGAAUGCCUGAAACAUGAGGUUGGGUAUCAUCACGAGGCACUCGAUAAGCAAGACAAGUGCAUUGUCGAACACUUAUUCCAGUCUGCAGCAGUCCAGGUUUUGGUGGCAUCUAAGGACACUGCAUGGAGUCUACCUGUUGCAAGCUAUAUGGUGAUCAUAAUGGGCGUGCAAUACUACGAGGGCAAAGAACAUCGAUAUGUCGACUACCCAGUCAUGGAUGUCCUACAAAUGAUAGGUCGUGCCUGCAGGCCAAUGGAAGAUGAUCGCAGCCGAUGUGUCCUCAUGUGCCAGCAGACGCGCAAGGAUUUUUACAAGAAGUUCCUUGCAGAGGGUCUGCCCAUCGAGUCCCACCUGCCUACCCACCUAUUGCACGACUAUUUCCUUGCCGAGAUCACUCAUUUGUCAGAUCACCUGUCGGAACUCGUGGAGAACACCUUGCAAGACUUGGUUAACUCAAAGUGCAUUUCGAUAGAAGAUGAAAUGAACGUUUCAGCACUGAACCUCAGGAUGAUAGCGGCAUACUAUAGCAUCUCAUACGUCACUGUGGAGGUGUACACCCUGUCGCUGAAGAAACGGACGAAACUCAAAGGUCUUCUGGAGGUUGUUGCCUCUUCCGCAGAGUUUGAGUCAAUUCCUAUCAGGCAUCACGAAGACACCAUACUCCGCCGCAUCUACGACCGUGUUCCUGUCAAGCUCGAUCGUGCAGACUUCGAGGCACCUCACUUCAAGACCUUCCUUCUACUUCAGGCUCAUUUCUCUCAUAUCCAGCUGCCACCAGACUUGGCAGUGGACCAAGUUUUAACCAUCAAACGUUGCAAGGAUGCCGAUGAUAAACGCACCGAACUUUUGCAAAUGGAUGGUCGUCAAAUGCGUGAUGUAGCGACAUUUGUCAACUCUUACCCGACCCUUGACGUGUCCUUCAAGCUCAAGAAGGGAGAAUAUACUGCUGGCGCACCCAUCACCAUGCAGGUUUCUCUUGCCCGUGAUGUAGAUGAUGAGGAUUCCGAUGACCAAACUCUUGUCGCACCUUUCUACCCGGCGAAAAAGAUAGCAAAGUGGUGGCUCGUAGUUGGGGAGCCGAGCACAAAACAACUGCUAUCAAUCAAGCGCGUCACUGUCACCAAGAAUCUCUCGGUGAAAUUGGAGCUCACACUACCGAAAGGCGAGCACGCCCUAAAACUCUAUGUCAUCUGCGAUGUGUACGUUGGUGCAGAUCAUGAUCUAAGUUUGGAACCUAUUGAUGUUGCGGAGGGCGAGGACAGCGACAGCAAUGAUGAGAGCGGAGAUGAGAUGGAGGAGUAG